AUGGUCAAAGACACCAAGUACUACGAGUGCCUCGGGGUUGACCCCUCGGCUUCUGAGGCUCAGCUGAAGAGCGCCUACAAGAAGGGUGCCUUGAAGUUCCACCCUGACAAGAACACCAACAACCCGGACGCUGCGGAGAAGUUCAAGGAGCUGUCGCACGCCUACGAGAUUCUUUCCGAUCCCCAGAAGCGUCAGAUCUACGACCAAUAUGGUGAGGAGGGUCUGGAAGGUGGCGGCGCCGGCGGUGGUAUGAAUGCCGAGGACCUGUUCUCGCAGUUCUUCGGCGGCGGCGGCGCGUUCGGCGGUAUGUUCGGCGGCGGCAUGCGGGAAACCGGGCCCAAGAAGGCCCGCACCAUCCACCAUGUCCACAAAGUCAACCUGGAGGACAUUUACCGCGGUAAGGUGUCCAAAUUGGCGCUGCAGAAGUCGGUCAUCUGCUCGGGGUGUGAGGGCCGUGGCGGCAAGGAGGGUGCCGUCAAGGAGUGCUCAGGCUGCAACGGUAGUGGUAUGAAGACGAUGAUGCGUCAGAUGGGUCCCAUGAUCCAGCGCUUCCAAACUGUCUGCCCCGACUGCAACGGUGAGGGCGAGAUCAUCCGCGAGAAGGACCGCUGCAAGAAGUGCAACGGCAAGAAGACUAUUGUUGAGCGCAAGGUGCUGCACGUUCACGUGGACAAGGGUGUGCGCGAUGGCCACAAGAUCGAAUUCCGCGGCGAGGGUGACCAGAUGCCUGGUGUGAUGCCCGGCGACGUUGUUUUCGAGAUUGAGCAGAAGCCCCACCCCCGCUUCCAGCGCAAGAACGACGACCUAUUCUACCAGGCCGAGAUUGACCUGCUGACCGCGCUUGCCGGCGGCUCCAUCCACAUUGAGCACCUUGACGAGCGGUGGUUGACCGUGAAUAUCGCCCCUGGCGAGGUCAUUGUUCCUGAUUCCAUCAAGGUUAUCCACGGUCAAGGUAUGCCCUCGUUCCGCCAUCACGACCACGGCAACCUGUACAUCAAGUUCGACGUCAAGUUCCCCGAGAAGGACCAGCUGCAGAAUCUCGAGCUGCUCGAGAAGGUGCUCCCGCCUCGUGUGCACCAGAAUAUCCCCCCGCCCGACGCGAUGGUUGAGGACUUUGAGCUGGAGGACAUCGACGGCAACGAGAACUCGCAGGCCCGCGCCCACGGUGCCGCUGGCUCCGGCAUGGACGAGGACGAUGACGAUGUUCCCCCCGGCGCCGAGCGGGUGCAGUGCGCCUCUCAAUAA